GAAAGCUGGCAGCGGCAGGUUGUAUUUUAGAACAACAGUUUGUGAGACAACGUUAUGGUAAUUUUCCGAAAUUAAUUUCGUUUCAAAACAAUCCUUUAUGAGGGUUUUCUGAGAGGAUAAAAUCGGCGAGACAAUUGGGAAAAGUUUCAGUUGGUGGCUUAUGGUUGGAGAGUAGAAAGAUAUACCCAAAUCAAAUUUUUAACUCCAAAGCUUCCACACAACUCAAUAGACCAUCAUGGACCAGAGCAAAGUUUUCAACCGUUUGGAAUCGUACGAAAGUCAAAUCGCUUCGUCUCCGGACACAAAGUCCAGCGUUUCUUAUCACAUGAUGAAGCAGUCGUUGCACAACAUGUGGAGCGCCGUUUAUUCGACGGAAAGUUGCGAUUCGCGAACCGCUAACAUCAAGAAAAUUCAAGAGUGUUUGUCUAGUUUGGAGAGAAAAGUUACGGAAAAUGAGCAGAAGAAGUAUCAGUUGUAUUACGGGAAGGGGCAGGAUAAUUUGAGCAAUAGGGGUGCGAAGUGUUGUUGACUACUAACAAAUUUAGUUUAAUCCUCAUUAUGUAUAUUACUAUAUUCUGUGAUAGAAUUUCAAUUAGCCUCAAAAAUGGCACAUUCAUUACAAAAUUCUGGUUGUUGCAUUAAAUAUGUAAGAUGUGUAAUAUUUGAAAUUUGGCAAACAAAAUAUAUUUUCGUUAUUAAAUAGGUA